GCCGGGCUGUCCCGGCGGCCACGCAUCGAUCUCGUUCGGGUCGAAGGUCCGGCCAGGUCGUAACUCCAGCCACUCUUUCGCCACCUGGAGUCAUCGCCCCGCCCACCCCUCCAUUCCCGGAGCCACGCGGCCCGGAGGCCUCGCUCUUCCCGGGGGCCCCCGAGCCGCGGGCCGGCCGCCGCCAGGUGCAAAGAGACAGGUCAGCGGUGACCCGCCCCCGGGAGGCGGCGCCUGGCUGAGCCGAGCAGCCGGCGGCCGCGACCCCGGGCCUCCCUCUGCAGCCCCCGCGCGCCGCGCCGCCGCGCCCCCGCGCCCUCCCGGCCGAGCAACAGGUGAAGCGCCCGCCGGCCGGCGGCGCCUCCGCGGGUCGGUCCCUCCCCGCCCACCGCGCGCCGCCCCUCUCCACGCCCCCUCCCCUCGGCCGGGCCUCCGCCGCCUCCCUCGGCCGCCGGCGGCUUCCCCCUCGCCGGGUCUCCCGCCGCGGCGCCCCCGCGCAGCCCGAGAGCCGGCGCUCGCCGAGGAGAGGGGGGCGCCGCGCGCUCGCCAGACUCGCGCCGCGGCCGGACGGGCCCGGGCGGGCGCCCCCGCGCGCCCCCGUCCCGCCGCCGCCGCGCUCCCCUCCCCCCGCCCCCGGCCGGUGUCCCCGGGCUCGGAGCCGCGCGGCCCGCCUGGACGCGCCGGUGGUCCCCGAGGCGGGGCGGGCGCUGCCCGGCCCCGGCGCGACGAUGGAGGAGCCGCAGCGCGCCCGCUCCCACACGGUCACCACCACCGCCAGCUCCUUCGCCGAGAACUUCUCCACCACCAGCAGCAGCUUCUCCUACGACCGCGACUUCCUCCGCACCAUGCCCGGGCUCCUCAUCGUGGCGGAGAUCGUUCUGGGACUGCUGGUAUGGACACUCAUCGCUGGAACGGAGUACUUCCGGGUCCCUGCCUUUGGCUGGGUCAUGUUCGUAGCUGUGUUUUACUGGGUCCUCACCGUCUUCUUCCUCAUCAUCUACCUAACGAUGACCUACACCAGGAUCCCCCAGGUGCCCUGGACCACGGUGGGUCUGUGGUUUAACGGCAGUGCCUUCGCCUUAUACCUCUCAGCCGCUAUUGUGGACGCAUCUUCCGUCUCCCCAGAGAGAGACAGUCACAACUUCAACAGCUGGGCGGCUUCGUCGUUCUUUGCCUUCCUGGUUACCAUCUGCUACGCUGGAAACACUUAUUUCAGUUUUAUAGCUUGGAGAUCCAGGACCAUACAGUGAUUCACCAUUUUGAAAAUUAAAAGGGGGGAAAAAAAGGAAGACUCACUGUAAACAAACAAACAAAAAACAAACCUGUAGGUAUAAUGUAUAUUUCCAGAGAUUUGUAUUUAACUAAUGUUUUUAUAUACUUAGUUAAAUUUGCUCACACUGGUUUGUUACAAUUAAACUGGAUACUUAUCUGCUGUA